UCUUAGUUCGCAGAGUAGUCUGUGAUCAUGCUUGCAUAUUGACAUUAAGAACUUGGUUCUCUGAAUUACUGAAAAUUGUGAAUGAGAAGAAAAAUGAAAUGCAACCUCUGCAGCAGGCAUUGGGAAUGCUCUGAUACAAUAAUAAUGUUCUUGGUGGUAUAUGCUCAUCAGAGGAAGAGCUUCAGGAUCAUGUAUAUCAUUUUAAGUAAAGAUUUCCAUGGAUUUCAUAAAUAAUUGUAUUGAUUUUCAUUGCUUCUUUUUCUUAAUGAUUUAUACUGCUUAUCCUAGGGUGUGCUGGUGCAGGGAGUGGCAUCCUGUCAUCUCACUGAACAAAGAGAUACUUCAGACUGGUUGCUAGCAUGCUGGUUUAGCCUG